GCGGUCCUACUACAGUCUCCCUCCUCUCUCGGAUACUGACAGUGUUUCUGCCUCUGAAGGCUUGUUGUGUUGUACAUUUUUUGUUUUCUGGGGGCAGGUGUGUGUUACCUGGGACAGACAUGGCGGGCACAGCGGCACCGAAGCGGCAGGACACCCGGAAAUUCUUCGAGAACCUGUCCGGAGCUGGGAAAUCCAUCGCUGUGCUGACCAGCGGGGGAGAUGCCCAAGGUAUGAAUGCUGCUGUUCGGGCCGUCGUACGAAUGGGAAUCUACGUUGGAGCAAAGGUGUACUUCAUCCACGAGGGGUACCAGGGGAUGGUGGACGGUGGAGACAACAUCAAGGAGGCGACGUGGGAGAGUGUGUCCAGCAUGCUGCAAGUGGGCGGCACAGUCAUCGGCAGCGCCCGCUGUAAAGAGUUUCGUGCCCACGAAGGCCGCCUGAAAGCCGCACACAACCUGGUGCAGCGCAGCAUCACCAACCUGUGUGUGAUCGGAGGAGACGGCAGCUUGACCGGAGCCAACCUGUUCAGAGAGGAGUGGAGCGGCCUCCUGGAUGAGCUCGUCCAGCAAGGUCUGAUCGAUAACGAAGCAGCUCGCAGUCACUCUGAGCUCCACAUUGUUGGGAUGGUCGGCUCCAUCGACAACGACUUCUGUGGCACAGACAUGACCAUCGGCACCGACUCGGCUCUGCACCGGAUCAUCGAGGUGGUGGACGCCAUCAUGACCACGGCUCAGAGCCACCAGAGGACAUUUGUGCUGGAGGUGAUGGGCAGGCACUGUGGAUACCUGGCCCUGGUCAGCGCCCUGGCAUGUGGAGCAGAUUGGGUCUUUAUCCCAGAGAUGCCUCCUGAGGACGGCUGGGAGGACAGCAUGUGUCAGAAACUGUCUGAGAGCCGAUCUCGAGGUUCCAGGUUGAACAUAAUCAUAGUCGCUGAAGGAGCCAUUGACAAACAAGGACAACCUAUUACCUCUGGUUUUGUGAAGGAUAACCGUGCCGAUAAGAAAAGGCUGAACAUUAUUAUUGUAGCCGAAGGUGCCAUAGAUAGCCACAACAAGGCAGUAACUCCUGAUUAUAUCAAGGAACUGGUAGUCCGCUGCCUUGGUUUCGACACCAGGGUCACCAUACUGGGCCAUGUGCAGAGAGGAGGGACCCCUUCUGCCUUUGACAGGAUCCUGGCCAGCCGUAUGGGAGUUGAAGCAGUCCUGGCAUUACUGGAAGCCUCUGCCAGCACUCCAGCCUGCGUGGUGUCUCUUGUUGGAAACCAGGCCGUUCGACUGCCACUUAUGGAGUGUGUUCAGAUGACUCAAGAGGUCCAGAAGGCCAUGGAUGAGAAGAAAUUUGAAGAAGCAGUGAGGCUGCGUGGCAGGAGUUUUGAAAACAACCUGAGCACGUACAGACUCCUCUCCUACCGGAAACCAGACUCUGAGCUUCCAAAUAGCACCUUUAACGUUGCUGUGUUGAACGUUGGCGCCCCCUCAGCGGGAAUGAACGCCGCUGUGCGUUCUGCUGUCAGAGUGGGAAUCACCGAAGGCCACAAAAUGUUCGCUGUCAACGACGGCUUCGAGGGAUUCUACAAGGGACAGAUCAAAGAGAUCAAAUGGGGUGAUGUUGGCGGAUGGACCGGCCAAGGAGGGUCGCUGCUGGGAACAAAGCGAACUCUCCCAGGGAAACAUCUGGAUAAGAUCGCUGAGCAGAUAAGGAUCCAUAACAUCAACGCCUUGCUUGUUAUCGGAGGAUUUGAGGCCUACGUUGGAUUACUGGAACUCUCUUCUGGGCGGGACAAAUAUAGCGAGUUAUGCGUGCCCAUGGUUAUGGUCCCCGCCACCGUCUCCAACAAUAUACCGGGUUCAGACCUCAGCAUUGGCUCAGACACCGCUCUGAAUGCCAUUACUGAUACAUGUGACCGCAUCAAGCAGUCAGCCAGCGGCACCAAGCGGAGGGUCUUUAUCAUUGAGACCAUGGGGGGCUACUGCGGCUACCUGGCUACUGUGGGCGGUCUGGCUGCAGGCGCAGACACCGUCUACAUCUACGAGGAGCCCUUUGACAUCCGCGACCUGCAGGGCAACGUGGAGCAUCUGACACAGAAGAUGAAGACGUCCAUCCAGAGAGGUUUAGUGCUCAGAAAUGAGAACUGCAAUGAGAACUUCACCACUGACUUCGUCUACCAGCUGUACAGUGAGGAGGGACGAGGAGUGUUCGACUGUAGGAAGAACAUCCUCGGACACAUGCAGCAGGGAGGAGCUCCAUCGCCAUUUGAUAGAAACUUUGGUACCAAAGUUGCUGCUAAAGCCAUCCAGUGGAUCACAAGGACACUUAAAGACUCUUACAAAGGAGGUCGAGUGUUUGCUAACUCAGAGGACACCGUCUGCCUGCUGGGGAUGCGUCGUAGGGCCCUCGUCUUUCAGCCUGUGUCCCAGCUCCGCGAUGAGACCGACUUUGUCCACAGGAUCCCCAAGGAGCAGUGGUGGCUGAAGCUCCGUCCCCUGAUGAAAAUCCUGGCCAAGUAUAAGACCAGCUACGACGUGUCCGACUCCGGCCAGCUGGAACACGUGACCCGUAUACGCCCGAAAGAGAGCAAAACCUCCGAGACCAUCUGAAGCACUGAGCUGCUGCAGGAGGAGAGCGUCACUCCAACAAGAACACAGCUUCACUUCACAGUGACAGCUACUCACACAAUGACUGAUCGACCGCAGAUUGACAGCAGAUAAUUUAAAGAUAGAUUUAAAGGGAUGGUAGGUCACUUUAAGAACAGCUACUGAAAGGUGGAGUCAUGGAACUACAUGGAAGGGAGUGGAUAAAAUGAGGGUAAAUGACAGAAAAAGAGCUCUUUAUGUAGUUUCAACAAGCCAGCAUAGCGGAUGUAGUAUUUUAUAGCUCUCUUAUCAACAUUAUUACAGACCUAAACAUAUAUAAGCACUCCUCAUGAUGUAAUGGUUAAGUAUGCAAGCUGUAGUCCUGAAAUUGUAGCUUUAUCCACAUUUGUUUUAAGCUACCUAGCUGAGCGAACAUCUGUUCUCUGUACACAGCAUUUUGAGUCUAGCUGUUGUGAUUUUAAAUUAUUUUCUACAGCACUUUGAGCCUAUAAUUAAUAUUUAUCUGUCAUCCCCUGAAGCUGCUUAUAAAGAGAGAGUAUUAGCUGGGAGGAGAUCACAACACCUUUACAAACAUAAACCGUCCUGAUUGUAAGAUGUGAUCUUCAGGUUUAAAAGCCUAGCUGGCCGUGUGUGUGUGUGUCCUUCACCUGCUAAGUGUGUUUGGUGUUGCUUUUGAUGUUUGUAUCCACUCUGGGCUUUGUGUGUGACAUCUCUAUAGUGGUAUUUGUGAGUAGGGUUCUGCAGUUGCUGUAGUUUGGCAGUGAAGUGGAGGAUGUCUGAAACUUUUGAGCAACAUUAACUUCAUGUGCCGACAGUGAUUGUCCUGUCAGAGUAAUAAAGCAUUUAUUGUGUGGAAAA